CUAAAAUUAAAAUGGGUUUCUUUGUUAAGAAACCAAUGACAAUGGCAAUGACAAUGGUCUUGCUCUUGAGCACCAUCUCUCUUCUCAUAUGUUCUUCGUAUGCGCAGGGUUUCACUGGGGACCCCAUUUAUCGGAUGCCACCCGAGUAUGAUACGAGUAUGCCUGGAACUGGAAGUGGAAUAACUCCAAUAAGUCGAUAUGUCCGAGUGGUUAAGGAGAUAGACUUGAAAUCUAUUGGGCUUCGCCCGCGCAGUGAACAGAAGGGAUUCGUCAAAACACUCGAUCCAACAAACCUUCCAGCAAAUAAUCAAAAACAAUCCAUUACAUACUCAAUAAAGAUGUGA